UAUAUGUAAAAUGUUUAAUAAACAAAAACAUAGAGGAAUCUGUUACAUAAAGUUCCCCAUUCCAAGUUCAAGUUCAGGAACAUGUAUACGGUAACCUCAGAAAUAUACAAGGAAACAAAUUUCAAACCCAUCAAGGGAAAGGAUGGUAAAGUAACGUCCAAAUUUGAGUUUGUUUAUCCCGCCGAUGAUGAGGUUCUCAAGCCAACUGUGGAUAAAGAUGGUGAUUUGAUUGUCCCCCGAAAGAAGAAAAGUGAUGCCACGACAUGUGGUACUAUUGAAUUGCAACAUUCGGAAGCAACUGAAAUAAAAUUGGUGGGUUUGCAAGUUUGGAGAGGUGCACUACUGUUGGCUGAUUAUAUUUUCCAUCGCCGUGAUGAGUUCAAAGAUAAAACUAUAAUGGAAUUGGGAGCAGGAGUGGGUUUGACCAGCCUUGCCGCAGCAUUAUAUGUAAAGAAAGUUGUGUGCACCGAUGUUGAUAUUGGUGGUAUAUUGGAUUUGAUUAGAAACAAUGUAAAGUUGAAUUCAAAAUUAUGCGAUACCAGCAAAAUUGAUGUUAUGGAAUAUGAUUUUAUGAAACCCGAAAGUGAAUAUUCAAGGCAACUGCUAAAGGCCAUUGAUGAGAGUGACAUUGUGGUGGCAGCUGAUGUCAUAUAUGAUGACGAUUUGACCAAUGCCUUCAUCAAGGUAAUAGAUGCCAUCUUCCAACGCGAACAAAUAAGUGGGAGAAAGAAAGAAAUAUUUGUAGCCUUGGAAAAACGUUAUGUGUUCACAUUCUCUGAAAUGGAUGCUGUUGCGCCAAUGUUCGAGUAUUUCCUCAAACAGACCUUGCAUAAACCUUGGAAAUUUAAAUAUAUUGAGACAGAUUUCCCACAGUAUUUUAAAUAUGAACGUUGUAAGCAUUUAGUUUUGUUGCAAAUAACAAAGUCUUGAAUUUGAUU